CAAGUUCCCGCAUGCCAGCAGGCUCUCACACACUCAGUGGAUGGAAGCCGAGGGAAGAUGACAGGGCUUGUGGGAGCCGCCGCUGCUUAACGGGGAAUGAAGAAGCAGGAAUGCCUUGACAGUUUGCGCGGAAGCUCUACCAGCCUUUGGCCACAAAGCAAGAAGAAGUGAUUUGCAACAAGGAUACUUGGAGUGGGGUUUGGGGCUGGGGGGGGAGUCUGAUUUCUGGGCUGUGCGUUAAGACGCAGAAGCAGCAAUCAAUCUGAAAAGAUGCGGUGGAUUUUCCGUGGGUGGAUAACGUGUGCGCUCGCCACAUUUUUCGCACAGGGUGCACUGUCCAAAUCAGCCCAGUGCAAAGAAAACUACUACUUAAACGGCUCCACGUGCUGCAAAAAGUGUCCACCAGGUCAGCGUGUGCUUUUGUCCUGCGAUGCUGACCAGGAAACCGUAUGUUCUAACUGCAGCGAUGAUACGUAUCAGCCCGGCUGGACGGCAGACACAAACUGUAUCAAAAAGAAGUACUGCGACCCGGGUAAGAAAUUCAAGAGUAGAUCUGAGAUGGAUGUAGACUUAACGAGAGAGGAGCCGUGUCAGUGCCAGACAGGUUUCCAGUGUUCUCUCAUCAACUGCGAAUACUGUGAGGUGAUACCCACCUGCAGGCCCGGUCACGGACUUGAGGAAGACCCUGCUUCCAAAAAUGGAAGGAAGAUCUGCAUUGAAUGUAAGAAGGGGUUUUACUCUGCUGAGGAAGGGCAGGAGCCAUGCAAAGAAUGGAAAAACUGUAAAGCCGUGGGCAUGAGUGAGACCCAACCAGGCAGCGCUCAGGCUGAUGCAGAGUGUGGACCCCCUGUCGUAGGUCCAGCGUCCUCCUGGUUUGUAGUUGCAUUGCUGUCAGUGAUUACUGUUCUGUGUCUCCUCAUUCUCUUGCUUUUCUGCUACAAGGACAAACUCAAGUUACUUUCUGUUAAUCUUCGAUCCUGUGUGCAGAAUCUGAAGAGGAGCCGGAUACAGCAGGACACUUUGGCCCCUCUUUACCGCAGCGGAGCUGCAGGGGGAGGAAUACCGGAGGUGGCAGGCUCCAAAUGCGCGCCGUGCGAGAUGACUAAGCUCAUCUGCCAAGCUUCCCACAGCCCUGACAUUGACCCCCAAUGCACCUUCCCGGCCUCCGUUCCCUGCGUCAGGAUCUCCCUGCCUUUCGCAGAGGGAGCGGCAGAAAAAGAAGGGGUCCAGGAGAAAACCUUGACAGAGACUGAGAGCCAAGGAUCUGGGGAGCCCGAGGAGCUGUCAGAAGAGGAGGUCGUUAACGCCUCCCCGCUUUUGGCCGGCUCCUGCGUGUGCGUCGCUUUUGUUCGCGAGCCGCUUGAAGUGGGGGAGAAUGAGGACUGCAGUCAGGCUGUUAUUCCCGGGACACCAGGAACGUGCUCGUGCGGAGGCCUCGAUGGCAAAAGGGAUGGAGAGGAAAACGGGAAAGGGGACAAAAGUGACAGUCGGAUAGCAGAGGAAAGGGCGGGUCAGGAAAAGACGGGCUCAUCCGUGAGCGAGACAUGCGUUAGAUCCCUUGGCUCGGUCUGUCCCCUUCUCAUCCACACCUCCCCUCUGCUUCUUCCGUCCAAUCCCCUCCCUGAGCUCUGCCUGCCCUUGUCCCAGGCCCAGGUGGCGCCACAGUCCAGGUCAGCCCUGUCCGACCAGUCGCUGGUGAAACAGGAGGAAUUAUACAGACUGGCAAGCACAGAAUCUGACUCGAGUGAAAACAACGCAGCCUCCGCCAUGACCCUGGUCAGUGCCGUGAUGAUGUCCACGUCCGCCGGAGAACUGUACCUGGACAAGCCCCAGGAGGCCUCCGGGUCGGAGCGCGGCCUGGGAGCUUUCUGCGGGGAUAGCAGGGAGAACGAGCUCUCUUUGGAGGAGACGGAGCUGGAGUGCUCGCCGGAGAGCCUCCACAGUGAGCUGGCGGAGCCAACUCUUACCUCAGGUCUGGUUUCGGGCAGCCACAACACCACCUUCAUCUCUAGCGGUCAGGUGAUGAACGUCACCGGUGACGUCAUCGUCGUCUACGUCAGCCAGACGUCUCAGAGCAGCGACGAGGACGGGUCGGACGGCGCCUUCGGGAGCCCCGUGCAGGAGGAAGCCAGUGAGACGGCCCCCUUUUUCCAAAGCUGCCCGAGGUCUCCAGGGGACUCCAUUUCCCACAGCACCUUGCGAGAACAGACGCUGCCGGUGCAAGAAAUGAUACUAGGAAAGUGAAGGGCGACUAGCCUCCGUCAAAACAGCAAUCAUCUCCUCAGCUUUAAUGGCCAUCAAAAUAAAUGAAUUGGUUUACUCUUAAAAUAAGAAGAAAGAAAAAAAAAAUAUUUUUUUUCCCCCAUCAGUUGACUUUUCAUACAUGUUUAAUUUCUCAUUUUAUUCCCAGAUCUUCUUAGGUGGAAACUUUUUGUCUCUCUCUCUCCAGGCAAUGAUGGGUAAUUUUCUAGGGAACUGAGUUCAUGCUGGAAAAAACACGCUUUCUUUUUUUUUUUUUCAUUGCAUGGAAAUUUCAGUUGGAUCUUGACACUAAUAGUUAAUACAUAUCUAAUUCCUCACUUUUCAUCCUCCACACUUAUGUCUGUAGGCUCCUGCCUGAAUUUGACAGCUGGAUGAUUUAAGACUUUCCUCACAUAGCAAAACAUCCACCAUGUGGAAAUUAUUUUCAAUGUUUUUUUUUUUUUUAUGGUUGAAACUUUACUCUUUUAGCCACACUAGAAGCUGGCAGAACACAGAGUCCGUACAAAGAUGAUGAUGAUGAUGAUGAUGAUGAUGAUGAUGAUGAUGAUGAUGAUGAUGAUGAUGAAUUUUAAGCAUUUCACUGAGUGAAGCUUGCAGAAGCUAUUUUUUACAAUAUGAAAACACAUCAAGUUCUGGUAUGAAAGCUUGUGUAAGCUGUACAGAGACUUUGUUUAUUGUCUCCUUAUUGCACCAAAUGUGCGAUUCAUGUCUUAGAGAAAAAUGCUAUGCAUUUGAUAAGCUAUUUUAUUACUGGUUUGUUUCAUUUUGCAAAUUUUUAAUGAAGAAAAUCAAAAUGUUUUAAGAUUUUUUUUUAAUGGGUAAAUUUUUAAUGUCUUUUUUUUUUUUGUCCCAACAAUUUCAGAAGUGAUAGAUGAUUGUAUAUAUUCCAAAGAAGCAUUACCUAUUUGUUAAAGAAGUAUGAGUUUUUCGUCUUUUUGAUUUUUUUGGCAGGGAUGAGUUUGAUGGUUUUGUGCAACUGAGAGCGGGCAAAAUGCAAACUAUCAUGGACUUAGAGGUUAGUGGCCCCCGAAAGAGGCCAGUUCUUAAAGCUUUUAUCUCCUUAAUACUAUUUUGGCUCUUGUUAUGAUAAGAUUCCUGUCAAACACCUGGUUCUUUAUUUAAAGAAUACUACAAAACAUUUCAAUAUUUAAUAAUGUGGCCCUACACUGUAACACCUUUAUGGUUUUAGAAUUUAAUACCUACACAGACUGGGAAGUCUUUAAUGUUUCUCUUUUUACAUUGAAAGCGAUGUGCUGGUGUUUGUCACGAAACAACCAGUCGAGCGACAGCAAAAUGUUUUGGUCACUGUUGCAGAUUAUUUGGAAAUAAGAGUUUGUAAGUACUUGGAACAGUUGACAAUGAACCUUGCUUUCAGUUUUUCAUAUUUGUGUGCCAGAUAUUACGUCAGAAGACGAUUGCCUAAUUAACGUGCGGUUCGCAGUGUGUUUGUUUACCGAAGGUCUUUUGUGUUAUCUGCCUGGUUCUCAAAUGUUUUUGGGCCCUUUUAGGACCAAUGUGGCCACAACUGUACUGAAAAUUUUUUUUUUUUGCUUUAAUGUCCACACAGUCAUGGUUUCUGUUUUUAUUUGUAUUACUUUGACAUAGAGUUAAGCUCAAAAUUAUUGGCAGAUUUAGGUUCAAAUGUUUCUUCUGAUGUCAAGUUAUUUGGAAAUUUUCGGGUUCUGACUUGAAAAUGAUACAGAGUCUGCGUAUGGAGCGAUAGAUUAGGGUGAUGGCCAGUAGGCCGUUCGCUCAUCAUUAAAGAAAAAUCAAUGGAAAAAAAACAGUGGAAACACAGAAAAAAGAUGGAGUUUCACCGCUGUAAUCUCAAUACAGGUUUUUCCAUUGAUUACUGAAAAUGAAUAAAGAAUUUUGAUGUGCCUUUUUUUUUAAAAUAAAAUGCAAAUGAGUGCAAAACAAAUUGUAUUCUGAAACUGAUGCUCCUUUUACAUCGUAUUAACUUCUGAGAGAUGUCUGUUUCACUUCAAAUCAGAAACAAAACUCUCGACUGAAUGAAAAUCACUUUUUAAACCUAAAUCUUGUCAGGGUAUGAAUAAUUUUGAGCUCCUGGCGUUCAGAGGAAACGAAGCCCUUUGACUCUUUCGUGAAAGCAGCUUCUUCUGUCCCACUCUCCCCGCUGAUAGACACGACAUUCACACCGGAAGCAAAACUGGGAACGACGUCUCACAUUUUCACAGCAUCCUCGCGAUAAAGACCAGUCCCAAUCUCUACAGCUUUUGUCCAAUCCUGUACAUAUCAACGCCGAUGCAUCGGAUACAUGAAAAGACUAUUUUGAUUAAAAUUAAACAUGUUUUAAAAUUAAA